CGGCCCAACUUCUCAGGCACCUGGCCACUGGGCGAACCAAACAGACCAAGGCAGAUGGUCCAGUUUCGGAGGUUAUUGGGUAGGAAGCGUUUGGCGCGCCGGUUCUGAGACCAGAGUGUCUUUUGGUCAUCGUUUGUUGUAGGGCCAUGGGCCUUAAGGUUAAAGGAUCAAAGGUCUGAAGUUUAUGACAGUCAUUGCAUGACAACCAUGCAAGCCUUUGUUCCUAGUAGCUUCUUGUUACUACUAGUAAGGCACUUGUUACUAGUAGCGAUGCACUUGUUACUACAGUCCUUUUUAAUACCCAUCUUCAAUCAGAGAGAACCUCACACCGUGGGAAACGUUUGGAUUCCACUCUUUGACUGAGGAGUUGUGUGAAGGCGGAGGGCGAUCUCGAUGGUCUUUAUGCAGCCAUGGGCUUGGGAUACUUCGCCCGCUGUGCGUUGGAACGAGCCCAGUGGGGCACGGGGCACUUGAGCCGGACCUAUGAGCAUCAAGGUGAUCACGUUAAGCUGGUGCAGAAGGCCACUGAAGAGACCACGCAGGAGUUCGACAUCAAUGGCACUCCACAGAAGGUUUCACAGGGUGAUGGCGUGGUGAUCCAAACCACUUCCUGGGAUGAUGAAGAGGAGGGCGUGCUCCUCUUUGAAACGAAGGACUUGUUAGGUUGCGAUCCCAAUUCAUGGACCCAUUGCCGUCAAUAUCUUCAAGGAGAGGAACUGGUCAUCGAGGUUCGUGGAGCCCGUGGACAUCGUGCGGUUUGGACCUAUCACCGCGCCCUCUCGUGAGGGCGUGCUCCUCUUGUUGUUGUGAUGUUCGUUGCUGAACAAAGGUCCACUUCAGGAUUGAAAACAACAUUGGAGGCCAAGUUGUUGGGACCAGGUGUUUUCAGCUGUUGAUUUGCACUGAAGUGCCUGCCGCGCCUGCGCAGAA